AUGCACUCCAAUCCACUAGCCCCAGCCUUGUACAUUACCGGACUAGGAUCACAAUAUCCUCCCUAUUUGCUGGGGCCCGAUGACCUCGAGAAAUUAGCAGCGCGCUUUCACGAUGUCAGCCGUCCAGGAAUGAGAAAGCUGCUCCAGGUCAACCGCUCAACGGGUAUCGAGACCAGAUCUGCGAUCCGACCGUACGAAGUAGGAUUUGCAACGCAGGUGCAUGCACCCUCAAUCAGUGAAAUUGAUCAGUUUUUCCGCCAAGCCGGGGUUGACCUCGCCGUUGAAGCGUGUGAGAAGGCUCUCGAUGAUGCACAUAUAACUCCUCAACAGAUCACCCAUACAAUCGGGGUUACCUGUACCAACCAAGGUAACCCGGGGUAUGAUUUUCUAGUAGCGCAAAAACUGAAUCUUCAACCCAAUGUCGAUCGUAUGCUUCUUCACGGCGUCGGGUGCGCGGGUGGACUGUCCAUAAUGCGGGCCGCAGCGCAGAUAGCCGGCGGGGCCAGUCUUAGACGGAAACCGGCCCGCAUUUUGGCCUUCGCCUGUGAGCUGUGUACGCCCAAUGUGCGACGAUAUCUGUCUUCGGCAGAUAUUUCUCCAAAUUCUGAUCAAGUCAAUGUUGCAGCGGCCUUGUUCUCUGAUGCUGCGGCCGCUUUUGUCCUUUGCAAUGAGUACGCUGUGGCCCAGGACAAGCAAGUUACUCCUAAGUAUGAGCUUCUGCAAUGGGGUCAUGACUUGAUCCCAGAGACCGCUGAGCAUAUGACAUUUUACGCGGAUAUAGAUGGGUAUCAAGCUACACUUGAUCGAGAUAUUCCCAAAUAUACCAAACAUGCGAUCGGACCAAUGUUUGACAAACUUCUUUCCUCGUAUGAGGAACAGAUAGCGUCCCAAUCCAGAGUAGGCAGGAAACUACCGAGACCGCUAGGGAUUCACGAUUUCGACUGGGCUUUGCAUCCUGGAGGACGGGCAAUCAUAGAUGGCGUAGCUCAAGUCUUGCAAUUAUCUGAAGAUCAACUGCAGCCCCGUGUGACAAACACCAUAGCAGGCCCCCAACCACAGGAAGACGUCACUGUGCGCUCUAGCGCCGAUCACGGAGAGGAACAAGAGCCUUUCAUAGUACACCCGGCAGUCUUCGAUCAGGAGCCGCUUACAACGUGGAUUAUUCGGAAAUUGCUCAAAAUAUGGAGUGACACACGAGAUUUCAUUCGUUCGGAGCAAGGGGUAGGAAUCUUCAAGUGCAGCCUCGCAUAUCUCCUCGCCUCUCUAGCAGUCUUCACACCCAUUAUUGGGAAUAUCUUAGGUCACCAAAAUGGGAAACACAUGGUGGCUACGAUCACAGUCUACUUUCAUCCAGCGAGAUCGCAAGGCAGCAUGUACAAAGCACUAAUAUGUGCACUGGUCGCGUUUAUCUUUGCGGCGCUCUUAUCACUAUCGAGCAUGUGGAUUACCAUUCUCUUCCAUGAGAAGUACGAUAUGAUUAAAUUGGGUCAUGCGGUGGUGCUGGUAGUCUUUGUUGCCGGUGGGUUUGGGUGCAUUGGAUGGUUCAAGCAAAAGAUGGAUGAUCCCCUAGUCAAUAUUGCCUGCUCUUUGGCUUCGCUGGCUUCAAUCCUUGUCAUUAUGAAAGAAGGUGCAGUGCAGCAAGGUGCUCUUUCUUUCGACAUGAUAUCUCAGGUCCUGAGGAUGGUUCUUUUGGGCGUCGGGAUAGCGGCGGCUGUAUCGCUCUCGAUACUACCUUCGUCUGCGCGCAAGAAAUUCCGAGGAAAUUUGUCAAAUUUAACAAAUACUGCGAUGUUAAUACUAAUGACUAUCACUGAGAACUUUUUGAGCGGGUCUAUCCAGGAGCUGCAGCAAGCACCAUUUGCUAAGCUAUCUGCGCAGCACGACAAAGCAUUUGGCGAAAUGAAAACUCAACUGGCCGAGUCGAAGUUUGAGCAUUAUGUCGCAGGGACUCAGCGAGAGUAUUCAGUUGCAAAACGCCUUGUACAUCUCAUGCAGGAAAUCACUCGUCGCCUAGGCGCUCUGCGCGGCGCGGUAGCUUUGGAGUCCAAAUUAUUGGGAAGAGAUACUCGUUUGAGCAAUUCGGAGGCCAAAGUUUUUGAAAAGUUCAAGUUUCAACUUGAGGCAUCUAUGAAUCAACUGGUUUCUACUCUGAGAGUUAUCUCCCAAGAAGUUUCCUUUGGACAUGCCCCCGAUUACAUGAUAUUCGUGGAUGGCGGAGCGCGCUCUCGGAUUGACGAGGCAAUCAAGUCAUACCGAGAAGCUAGAAUCUCCGCCUUGCAUUCGUUUUCCCGCAAAGAAAUCAUGAGUUCCCUGGGCGAGGAGAACAACGCUUGCUUUGAAGAGAUAUUCGCUAGUUGCAAUUACUAUUCGGCAUCUCUUCUCGAACUCGCUGAACAGAUGCAGCGUUUUCUAUUAGCCCUGGAGGAAAUGCAAGUCGCGAAUAAUGAAAGACCGAAUAACAGGUCCUGGGCUUGGAUUUUGGAAUCCUGGCGGCAAGCUGGACACGAACACAGGGACGAAACGUUUCAGUUGAAUGAAACAUCUACAUCAAACUAUGCCCACAGCGAAUCCAGCAGUACCAUUUUGACGGGUGUGGUUCAUUCCGAUCACUAUCGGCUUCAACAUCCAGAGGAACCUCCGUAUAGCAGAGCCCGCUCUUACCGUUGGAGAUAUCUUGGUUUCUUCCGUGCGGACGAGGUCAAAUUCGCCCUCAAGGUUGGAAUAGGAGCAGCGAUUUAUGCUUUACCCGCUUUUAUAUCCUUGACGAGACCCUCUUAUCUAUUUUGGAGAGGAGAAUGGGGCCUUCUCUCGUACAUGCUAGUAUGUUCAAUGACUAUUGGUGCAUCGAACACUACGGGCUUUGCUCGCUUUAUCGGUACAUGUCUUGGGGCCCUUUGUUCGAUAGCUGCGUGGUACCUUGUCGGUGAAAAUGCGUUCGGUCUCGCACUCUUGGGCUUUAUCAUGGCCCUCGGUCCGUUUUAUAUGAUCACCGUGAAAGGCCAGGGCCCCAUGGGCCGUUUCAUCUUACUGACCUACAACCUCUCCGUGCUGUAUGCUUACUCUUUCUCACAAACCGAGAGCGACAGCCAAGAUCGCAAUGGAGAGCAUCUCAAUAUUACCGAAAUCGUGCUUCAUAGAGUCAUCUCUGUCACCUCGGGUUGUAUCUGGGGUAUCAUCAUCACACGGGGCAUAUGGCCUAUUCGUGCGUGGACAAAGCUGAAUAAUACAUUGCAUCUGCUAUGGCUCAGGCUGCAGUUUGUUUGGGAAUCGGAUCCCUUGAGCACUACAGCGCUAGCAGAAGCAAACACAGCUGGUCGCUUCAUGAAUUCCCAGGACAAAGUUGAGAUUGAGCGCCUUUUUUCUCAACUCGAGCGUCUCCGGAUGUCAGCGCGAUCUGAAUUCGAGUUCAAAAGGCCUUUCCCAGAUGCUGCAUACGGUAAUAUCAUCCGUCGGACAAGGAGCAUUGUAGACAAUUUCUAUUCUUUGGAUCUGAUUCUAGUCAACACUCCGGGGCUAUCGGAAAGUCAAUGUUCUCUUCUCGGGUACACUGCUGCUGUGAGGCAGCAGCUUUCUACUUAUAUCUCCCAUCUGCUAGCUGGAGAUGCCCUGUAG